AUGGAUUCGAGUGGGGAGCUGUCUGUGAUCAGUGGAGGGAAUGUGAAAUUGGCAUCUGAUGUGAGUGAGGUGGCGAGGAAUUCAAGGAGAAAGAGGGAGAGCAAUGGGAGUGGCAAGAGGGAGAAUGUUAGUGGUGGGUAUAGCCAAUUAGGGAGUGAAUCUGGGUACGGGAGUGAGCCAUGGUAUCGGGAUGAUAUGGAGCUUGGAUAUGACGAUGAGGUUGACGAGGAAGAGGAUGAUUCGAGGCUUUUGUUUUGGGAUGCAGAAUUUGGAGGUACCUUCUACUGUGUAACUUGUACUUCUGCAGGAAUUUGGAAUUUUCAUUCACUUGAGAUUUUAAUUAAUAGUAAAGUAUAA